UUCUUACUGGUCUUCCUUCUGUCAAUUAUGGUGAAUCUUUCAGCUUUUCUCAUGGUCUUUCUGCUUCUCUCAUUCUUCCGGCGAUUAUGGUGGUAUCUUCUCUUGUGGUCUUUUUGCUUUUCUCAUUCUUUCGGCAAUUAUGGUGUAGAUCUUUCAGCUUUUCUUGUGGUCUUUCUGCUUCUCUCCUUCUGGCAAUUAUGAUGGCAUGUAUUGGAUCUUUUAGCUUUUCUUGUGGUCUUUCUGCUUCUUUUAUUUUUCUGGCGAUUAUAGUAGUAUUGAAUCUUUUGACUUCUCUUGUAAUCUUUCUGCUUCUCUUCUUCUGGUGA